AUGAGUACCACAGAGACUCUAGAAUUGCCCAGCCAGAUUGAGUCCCACGAGCUCCUUACUUGGCCAGCCACAGUAUCGCAGACAGCAGCCUUUCGAUCCGCCACCACGCCAUCCCUUUCCCUUCAGGUUCAUGAGGAGGUUCACACUGAAAAUCAGCACGAGAUAUCACAACUAGCCCCCAUAGACGGAGGAAUUGUAGCAUGGCGACUCCUCGGCGCAGCAUUUAUAUUUGAGACUCUGCUAUGGGGGUUUCCCUUGUCUUUUGGCGUGUUCCAAGACUAUUAUUCCAGAAUACCUGCUUUCGCUAGCAGUCCGUACAUCGGUGUUGUCGGCACCAUAGCGUCUGGUCUUGGCUAUAUAGGAGCCCCGUUCAUUAUGCCUCUUAUUCAGAAACAUCAACAAUGGCGACGGCAGAUGAUUUGGGUUGGCUGGCCCAUUUGUAUCGGCGGACUCGUAGCAGGUUCCUUCGCCAAUACCCUCGAGACUCUGAUCCUCACACAAGGUGUCGCUUAUGGUGUUGGCUUUCUGAUUCUCUAUUACCCCAUUCUCAUGAUGGUCAACGAGUACUGGGUCGCUCGUCGCGGAAUGGCCUACGGGUUACUUUGUGGCGCGUCUGGUGUUUCUGGCGCUGUCGUGCCGUUUGUUGUGCAGGCUCUUCUCUCAACUUACGGCUAUCAAACGACACUACGUGCUGUUGCUAUUGGCCUAGCUGUUCUCACAGGACCUCUGAUCCCAUUCCUUGACGGUCGAUUACCGCCAUCCGCGCACGUCAACACGCCCAAGACGAAUUGGUCCUUCUUCAAAAGCCCUCUCUUCUGGCUAUACUCUGUAUCCAACCUAUUCCAGGGCUUUGGUUACUUCUUCCCUUCAUUGUAUCUCCCAUCUUUCGCGACAUCGCUGGACCUCGGCGCAAGAUCUGGGCCUAUACUUCUCGCCGUCAUGAGCGUAUCUCAGGUUGCUGGGCAAUUUGUCUUUGGAUACCUCUCAGACCGCAAGGUACCACUCGAUGUACUUGCUUGUUCCUCUACCCUUGUUGCUGCCGUGACGACUCUCACUAUGUGGAGGCUGGGAGAUUCCUUUCCCGUCCUGAUCGGGUUUACUAUUCUGUAUGGCUUCUUCGGGGCCGGCUUCACUGCUAUCUGGGCAAGGAUGAGCACAGCCAUUACGGACGACGCGACAGCUGGGCCCAUUGUCUUUGGCCUGCUCAACUUCGGCAAAGGUGUUGGCAACGUGCUCGCAGGCCCCGUUGGCGGUCUGCUGGUUUACAACCGCAGUGCCCUACAACACUCGUCUGCUGCUGAUCUUUUGAUGCCGUCGUCGUAUCAAUGGGUUAUUAUCUUUACUGGGUGCUGCAUGUUCGCGAGCACGUCUACUAUACUCUUGCGACACGCAAGGCGUCUUUUGGGAGCGAUGGAUUUGCUUGCCACUACAUUUAUCGGAAACUGCCUCCCCAACUAA